GCGGCGUUGAGUUUGUCAAGAAUGUGACGUCUUGGUGUCUUUUGCACGGCUUUUCUUAUUCCUUUGCGGAGAGAAGACCAAAACUUGUUGCUUUCGGUGCGCGAGUCCCCGAGCCGCCGUUUUCUUCAAGAAGCCCUUUUUUUCCCUCCCCUUUGGUGCAAGUCUCUACUUUCUCUUCACACCCUUUGUCUCUUUUUGUCAAGUUCAACUUCACCACAGUUGAACAAACAAACAAGAAAAUAAACAUGGCUUCUACCAUUGCCCAGGUCGGCACCUAUGCCGGCCUUGCUGUAGCUGCCGCUUUUGCCUACACUGCCCUCCUCAUCGUCUACCGCGUCUUCUUCCACCCGCUCGCCAAGUACCCCGGCCCCUUCCUGGCCAAGAUCACCGAUGCCUACCAGCUCUACCACGCCUACAAGGGCGACCGCCACCUUGAGUUCUGGCGCAUGCACCAAAAGUACGGCAAGGUUGUCCGCUUCGGCCCCAACUGCGUCUCCUUCAACUCCAACACGGCCCUCAAGGAAAUCUACGGCUUCAAGUCCAAUGUCCGCAAGUCCGAGUUCUACGAUGCCUUUGCCCACCCCGUCGCAAACACCCACAACACCCGCGACAAGGAGGUCCACGCCCGCAAGCGCCGCGUCUUGUCGCAUGCCUUUUCGGAGUCGGCCAUGAAGGAGAUGCAGCGCUACAUCCUUGCCAAUGUCCGCACCUUUUGCCAGCAGAUUGGUCUCGCUGACGGUGAUGCUGACUCCAAGGGCUGGUCUAAGCCUCGCAACAUGGCUGACUGGUGCAACUACCUGGCUAUGGAUAUUCUUGGUGAUCUCUCCUUUGGUAAGGCCUUCCACAUGCUCGAGCAGCCCGAUAACCGCUUUGCUCUGGAGCUCGUUGAGGCUGCCACCACCAGACAUCUCAUUUGCGGAACCAUGCCCAUUGUUGACAAGCUCGGCAUCGACAAGUACCUCUUCCCCAACCUCGCUGCCGGCCGCGCCCGCUACAUGAAGUACUCCAAGGGCCAGCUCACUGAGCGCACCAAGCUCGGCGAGGAGACUGACCGCCGCGACUUCUUCUACUACCUGCUCAAGGCCCGCGACCCGGAAACCGGCCAGGGCUUCAGCACUCCCGAACUCUGGGCCGAAUCUAACCUUCUCAUCAUUGCUGGUUCCGACACCACCUCCACCGCCAUGGCCGCCACCCUCUUCUACCUCGUCCGCAACCCCCACGCUCUGCAAAAGGUCACCGAAGAGGUCCGAUCCAAGUUUGCCGAUGUCGAACAGAUUGUCCACGGCCCUGCCCUCGGCGGCCUGACCUACCUCCGCGCCUGUGUCGAUGAGGCUAUGCGCAUGAGUCCUUCUGUUGGUGGCAUUCUGCCCCGUGAAGUUAUGGCUGGCGGCAUGACCAUUGACGGCCACAAGAUCCCCGCUGGCACCGUCGUUGGCACCCCUCACUACACCAUCCACCACAACGAGGAGUACUACCCCUCUCCCUACAGCUACGUCCCUGAGCGCUGGCUCGCCGGUUCCAAGAACCCUCUCAACGGCACCGAAAUCACACAGGACGACGUCUCCCGCUCUGCUUCUGCUUUCUGCCCCUUCAGCAUUGGUCCCCGUGGCUGCAUUGGUAAGGGUCUUGCUUACGUCGAGAUGACUUCCACCAUUGCCCGCACCCUCUUCCUCUACGAUAUCCGCAAGGCUACCGGCGCCAUUGACCCCAGCGAGGGCCACCCCAGCUUGGAAUGGGGCCGCCAGCGUCCUGAGGAGUUCCAGCUCGUCGAUACUUUCACUAGUGCCAAGACUGGUCCUCUUCUUGAGUUCCGCAAGGCUGAGCGUGAUUAAAAAAACAUUUCGAACCAGAGUUUGUUUGGGAAACUGGAGUUAAUACGGUUGGCGCAUUCGUCGCCUUUGUCACGGUGCUAUCAAACAGCCGCUCACCCUGUAAAUAAUGAGUAACGAUCAUGGCAUAAUAUAAAAAAUGUGAUAAAAAUGAAAACGAU